AUGGACGAUAAACAAGAUGAUGAUGCUGACUUUGACACGAUCACAGCAACUUCUCCACUCAAAUCAAAAGAAGACACAGAUGGAAUACCUGAUCAUCUGAGGGAGGAAGAAGAGGAAGAAAAUGAUGAUUCUGACAGUGAUGAUGCAGGGUUACUUGACCUUGAGUGUCAGAUGGCAUCUGGUCUGGAUCUCAGUACCAGACAAAAGCGAGGGAUUCGGAAGUACAGACAUGCUCUUAAUUCACUGAAGCCUUACAGGACAGCCAAAGCUCCCAAAGAUGAACUUCCAGAGGCUACAGCAGGGUUUUUCUCUUUGCUUACCUAUGCCUGGCUGACCCCCAUCAUGUGGAAGAUCUACAAAAAAGGCUCCGGUUUCAUCACCAACAUGAGAUGUAGCGACAAAAAUAGAGCAGAAAUUAACUCAGAAAGACUAGAAAAACUAUGGAAAGAGGAGCUGAAGAGGAAGGGCCCGGAGAAGGCUUCUUUUGGCUGGGUGAUUUUCAGGGCUGUAAGAACGCGUCUCUUCUUUGGUGGAAUCACUUUCGUUUUAUCUGUUAGCUUCAGCUUCUUUGCUCCUGCAAUAGUACUGAACAGGCUACUAAAGAUUUUAUCUGACAGAGAGAAAUUUGACGUUGGUUAUGGUGUGAUGCUGGUGAUUAUUAUCUCAGUGAUGGAGUUCUGUCGGACAUUGAUGUUUGCCCUUGGCUGGAUAACUAACUAUACAACAGGUGUGAGACUCAGAGCAGCGACACUUAGCCUGAUCUACAAGAAGAUACUGAAACUGCGAAGCCUGAAGAAUAAGUCUGUGGGAGAACUGGUAAACCUGUGUAGCAAUGAUGGUCAGCGAGUGUUUGAAGCAGCAGCCAUAGGCCCCUUGUUGAUUGGAGGGCCGGUGGUGUUAUUGUAUGGUGUCGUAUACACAGUAUACCUGAUUGGACCAUGGGCUCUUGUAGGGAGUGCCACCUACCUAGCAUUUUACCCUUUCAUGGCAAUGAUUAGUAAACUGACAGCUUACUACAGGCGGAAAGGAAUUAAGAUCACAGACAAACGGGUGCGAAUGAUGUCAGAACUACUUACCUGUAUAAAACUCAUCAAGAUGUAUGCCUGGGAAGUGCCAUUUACCAAAAAAAUAUCAGGUAUAAGGUCUGAUGAGAGACAUAUACUAGAGAAAGCUGCUAUAGUGCAGGGUAUCAGCACAUCCUCGGCCCCCAUGGUGCCUGUUAUGGCCUCUGCAUUUGUCAUUCUCGCACAUGUGUUGACAGGAAAUGAUCUCACGGCAGCACAGGCGUUUACUCUUUUAGCAGUUUUCAACUCCAUGAGGUUUGCCCUCGGAGUUAUUCCCUAUGCAGUACGAGCGAUUGCUGAAGCUCUAGUAUCAUUUACACGUUGUAAGAGUGUACUGUUAAUGGAGGAUAUCAAACCACAUGCCUCCCAGAUCACAAAUCCAGACCAUGUAAUAGUGCUGAAGAAAGCCAGUUUUGGAUGGGACGCCAGCAGCAGUAAGGAGGGCAACAAUAUGAAAGCCAAGAGUAUUUUUAUUUUAUAUUUUCUUUUGACAGUUGCAAAUGGAAAAUCUAAGAAUGGCAAGAUUGAGGAAAAACAACGACUGCAAGAUAAUGAAGAGGUAGCAGAUACGAAUCCUGAUGUUAUACAAACCCUAACUGAUCUCAACUUUGUACUGGAAAAGGGAAAGUUGAUUGGAGUCUGUGGAAGUGUUGGAUGUGGGAAGAGCUCCCUAAUCUCAGCUGUGAUGGGACGGAUGGUGCUUUUGUCGGGAAAAGUUGCUGUGAAAGGUAGUAUAGCAUACGUAUCCCAGCAGGCCUGGAUUAUGAACGCAUCUGCUCGUGAAAACAUCUUAUUUGGACAGGUCUAUGAUGAGGAGAAAUACAAGAAUGUGGUCCACGCUUGUUCCCUUGAAGAAGAUUUUAAAGAUUUUGUAGAUGGAGAUAUGACAGAGAUUGGUGAGCGUGGUAUCAAUAUGAGUGGUGGACAGAAGCAGAGAAUCAGUCUGGCAAGAGCUGUGUAUGCUGACAAGGAUGUUUAUCUUUUGGAUGACCCUCUCUCUGCUGUCGACAUCCAUGUUGGCCGUCACAUCUUCAGCCAGUGUCUCAUCAAGUGUUUAAAAGGAAAAACUAUUUUGUUUGUCACCCAUCAGCUACAGUACCUAAGUCACUGUGAUGGUAUAAUUGUGAUGAAUGAUGGUCAGAUGAUAGAGAGCGGUAAACAUGACGAGCUCACCAAAAACAAUGGUGAGUACGCCAACCUCAUCACCACCUACUAUUCAAAGGAAGAAAGUGACUCUGAGGAGGAAGGAGAGGAAUUCAGAGAGAGACUUGGAUCAUCACCUAAAAGUCCGAGGAAAAGGACAUUUUCAGGCACACGACAGAGGAAUUCAUACGGCAGAGAACGCACCAUGUCCUCAACUUCAAACCACUCCCAAAGGGGCGCAGCUAAUGGCGUUGAUAGACAAAUAAGCACCAUGUCUGCCAUGAGUGAUAAUUCUGGAAAGCAGCCUGAUCAAAAUGCUGGGAAACUUAUUGUCGCUGAGGAAAAGGCAAAGGGAAAGGUUACAGCCAGUACUUACUGGAACUAUGUACAAUCUGCUGGCGGGAUCUGUGUGGCUCUUUUUGUGUUUCUCAUAUACCUCAUCAGUGUUGGUGUCCAGAGUGGGACCAGCUGGUGGCUAUCUUACUGGAUAAAUCAGGGCAGUGGGAACACAACAGUUGAGAUGAUGCUUGGGAACACUACAGUGAACAGGACCAGUACAAACAUUCGACACAAUCCUGACAUUAAUUUCUACGCCAUGAUCUACGGGCUCUGCAUUGUUGUUGUGCUUUUUUCAACACUUUUCAGGACUUUCCUUUUUAUGAAAGUAACACUUCAUGCAUCUAGCAAAAUGCAUGAUACCAUAUUCAGAAAGGUGCUCUCCUGUCCAAUGAAAUUCUUUGACACAACUCCUGUAGGAAGAAUCAUCAACAGGUUCUCCUCAGAUAUGGACGAGAUUGAUAUCCGUCUGCCUGGGAGUGCUGAAGUUUUUCUUAUGAACAUCCUGACCAUCAUCUUCGCCCUUAUUUCUAUUUGUUAUGUAUCACUAUGGUUUUUAAUUGCCCUUGUUCCAUUGAUCGCUACCUUCAUCGUGCUCAAUGUCAUCUUCACCUCGGGAGUACGAGAACUGAAACGACUGGAUGCCACAACACGAUCUCCAUUGCUUAGUCAUGUGACUGCUUCAAUACAAGGAAUUUCUACCAUUCAUGCAUUUGGAAAAUCACAAGAAUUCUUAGAUAGGUUUUACCGUCUAAUGGACACCAAUUCUGUACCAUUCUUCCUGUUUUACUCAUCCAAUCGUUGGCUAGCAGUCAGACUUGACCUGUUAAGUGCACUAGUGAUUGGGAUAACAGGACUCCUGGUCAUCCUUACCUAUGAAAGCAUGACACCAGCACUAGCUGGUAUGGCCAUGGCAUUUGCUAUACAGAUGACAGGACUGUUCCAAUUUACCAUCAGAAUGGCCAUAGAUACAGAGGCGAGGUUUGUGUCUGUAGAGAGACUACAACAUUACUCAAAGGAAGUUGAGUCAGAAGCACCUGCCGUCAUCAAGAACAAUCGUCCUAUAUCUACUUGGCCACAUGAUGGUUCUAUAUCAUUCAAGAAAGUGAAAAUGCGCUAUAGAGAAAAUUUGCCUUAUGCUUUAAGAGGAGUGUCAUUUGAUGUCCUUCCCAGAGAAAAGAUUGGUAUUGUAGGAAGAUCUGGAUCUGGUAAAUCCUCCCUGGGUGUGGCAUUGUUUCGUCUGGUUGAGGCGGAUUCAGGCACCAUCUUCAUUGACAAAAUGGACAUCAGUAGCAUUGGUCUGGAUGACCUGAGAUCGAAACUGGCCAUUAUUCCUCAGGAUCCUGUCUUGUUUGUUGGAACGGUCAGGUACAACCUGGAUCCAUUCCAGCAGUAUACAGACCCACAGUUGUGGGAUGCCUUAGAAAAAUGUCAUAUCAAAGAAACAAUUGUCAGUCUGGAGCAGCAGCUAGACUCCCCUGUAGUAGAGAAUGGAGAAAACUUCUCUGUUGGUGAAAGGCAACUCAUGUGUUUAGCCAGGGCACUGCUUCGUCAUAGUAAGAUUCUGAUGCUUGAUGAAGCGACAGCAGCCAUUGAUACAGAGACUGACGCACUGGUACAGACCACCAUUAAGGAGGCGUUCGCUGACUGUACCAUGUUAAUCAUUGCCCACAGACUAAACACUGUUCUCAACUGUAGCAGGAUUCUGGUAAUGGAGGAUGGCAAGAUUGUUGAAUAUGGGACUCCAUCUUCCUUGACAUCAAAUCCAAAGUCCAAGUUUAAGAUGAUGCUAGAUGCUACAGAAGGUCAACAUGAACCUAGAUGAUCAAAGGCUAGCUUUAGGAACCUUUAUAAUUAGUGUCAUAUAAUAAAUUGUCAGAAUGCUUGUAUCAUUCCUGAUCAAGUAGAUAUUAGUGAUCUUAAUGCAAGGAUUGAA